AGAGAGAGAGAGAGAGUGCAGAAAUUUCUUGGCAAGAGCCGCUCGCCUCCGAUCUCCGGCGUCAACACCGACCGGUUGCAGCAUCGGAGAAGAAGGGGCACGGCACGCAGUGUUUGAGCCAUCGAUUGCAAUGGCGAUUGAGCACCAGCAGAAGAGGAAGGACAAGAAGAGAAAGCAUGGUAAGGAGGGUUCGGAGGCUCCGGCUUCGAAGAAGGCGAAGCCGGUGAGCUCAAAGUCCGUGCCCAAGGGUGUAGUAGAUAAAUCGAGGCUGCAGAAGCAACGGAAACAAUCGAAUUAUAAGAAAUCGGAUGCUGGGAACGAGAAGAAGCAGCCCAUGACGAAGAAAGAGGGUCGCUUGCAUGCCAAGGAACUGGCAGAGGCUAGGAAGCAGAAAAGGAAAAGGCAUUACACUCUUGAACAGGAGCUUGCGCAUCUUUGGGAAAAGAUGAGACAACAUGACAUUGCCAAGGAGGACAGAUCACGGUUGGUUACUGAAGCUCUGAAAAAGAUGAAGGGUAAAAUCUCUGAAAUUGCUAGCUCCCAUGUUUCAUCUCGCGUUUUGCAGACUUGCAUCAAGUACUGUUCUCAAGCAGAAAGGGACGAAGUAUUUGGGGAGCUUCAGCCACAUCUUCUCAACCUUACAUGCAGUACUUAUGCAGUUCAUCUGGUCAAGAAAUUGUUAGAUAGCGCCUCAAAAAAGCAGCUGGCUGCUUUUAUCUCCUCAAUCCAUGGGCACGUUGCGUCUCAUCUGCGUCACAUGGUUGGAUCCGUUGUAAUUGAGCAUGUGUACCAAUUGGCAAAUGCGACUCAAAAACAAGAACUCCUGAUGGAAUUAUACUCUACAGAGCUGCAGCUGUUUAAGGACCUUGUAUCUACGAAAGAAAGCAGGUUAUUGGAUGUCAUUUCAAAGCUUGGCCUGCAGAAAUCCUCAGUUUUAAGACACAUGAGUUCAGUUAUUCAACCAAUUCUAGAGAAAGGGAUCGUUGAUCACUCAAUUAUCCACAGAAUGUUAAUGGAGUACUUUAGCAUAGCUGACAAGUCUUCUGCCAGAGAUUUACUCCAACAAUUAUCAGGUCCUCUUCUUGUCCGAAUGAUCCAUACUAGAGAUGGAUCCCAAAUUGGAAUGUUGUGCAUCAAACAUGGGAGUGCUAAGGAAAGAAAGAAAAUCAUCAAGGGAAUGAAAGGUCAUAUUGGCAAGAUAGCUAAUGAUCAAUGUGGAAGUUUGGUACUUGUUUGCAUUGUUUCAGUUGUGGAUGAUACUAAGCUUGUAACAAAGAUGAUCAUGCGUGAGCUUCAAACGAUUCUGAAGGAGCUGGUUCUAGAUAAGAAUGGAAGGCGUCCAUUCUUACAGCUACUUCAUCCAAAUUGUGCACGCUAUCUCAGUCCCAGUGAUUUCGCUUCUUUAAAUUCAUCAAUUCCUUCUCUUUGCAGCAAGGAUGCAUCGGAAGCCGAUUCCAUAGCAGAAUUAGGAGAUGUUAAUGAGAAAGCUGACACGGAAAUGGCAGUGGCGAAGGAGCACGAUGAAGAUGGAAGUCCUGAUGAGGUUGAUCACACGAUUAAUGGUGGCAAAAAAGAUCCAUUAAUAAGGAGACGAGAAUUGUUGGUGAAUAGUGGGCUUGCAGAGGGUCUUGUUGAUGUGUGCAUUGAAAAUGUGGGAGAGUUAAUUGCUUCAAAUUUCGGGAAAGAAGUCAUCUAUGAGGUGGCAACUGGGGGAGCCGAUGGGAUCCUCCAUCCAACUCUGGAUGACAAAAUAAACUCAUUGCAUGAAGCAAUAGCAGCUCUCGUGGCCCAGCCCAAAUCUGAAGACACUGAAGAAGAGCACGUCCUCGAAAAUUUCCAUUCCAGUCGAACAAUCAGAAAGCUGGUCAUGGACUGCCCUUCUUUUGCUGUCACACUGUGGAAAAAGGCGCUGAAGGGGAAAUGCAGAACAUGGGCUCAAGGCCACAGCUCUAAGGUGAUUACAGCAUUCUUGGAGUCGUCGGACUCAAAGGUCUGUCAAUUGGCGAAAGAAGAGCUGCAGCCCUUGAUCGACGAAGCAAUCAUCAAGCAGCCCGAAGCGAAAACCGUCAAACAAUGAAAGAUUGAAGUCCGAAGAUCAAGAAAGGAGCGGCGUUGUGAAGCCCGCGUAACUGUAAGCUAACGCACAUCAACAAUUAAGGCCUGAGAAUUGGGAGACGUACUCUGAAGCCCGCGUCUUCAAAUGCUAGUCCAUUGGCGACGAAAUAUUAAGAUGACUCGAUGAUUUUGCUGCUCUGGUGGUGCACUCUUAAUAAAAAAGGAGUCCUAGUACGACUCGAUGGUUUUCGGGAGAACAAGUAGUCCGAAGCAGAGAUGGAAAUUUUGUAUCAAGGGUUCUGCUAAUCUCAGAAUCAGAUGCUUGUUAUACCAUCUAGAUUUUGCCAAAUCUUAGAGUAAUAUGAGGACUUGAUAGAGUUAUACAGCUUGAAUUGGAAGUUCUGAGGAGUUUCUCUUCCUUGACCUUUGACUUUAAUGUUUUUCCCCUUGAGGAUACCACUUAAUGGGGUGAGACUUUUUU